AGUGCCUUUUGGUUCAUCGUGUUGGUUUGACGGAAUUUUUUUUUUUUUAAUUAGUAGCCAAACUACAUGUUUUUUUUUUAAAAUCGACCCUUAUAGUCACACAUCUGUCCAUACAUCCCGGCAAAAAGGAAAUGCACGCGCGGAACUACAUCCACUUCUUCUGUUGUCGUUGAUCACAGUACCACUGCAGCUCAACACUGCCACCAACCAAACAGAGUGGAGAAAAGUGGCCCCUGUUUAUUUUGUGACAAUUUUUCUCCAAACAAUAACAAACAAACAAAAAAAAAAGGACGAAAUUUUGACUGGAAGUUUCUCACCGUAGUGGUGAUUCAGGAGUCGGAUAAUAAAGCUUGUUGUGAGUGAAGGAGGGAGCACAGGACGCCUGCGCUGAGGCUGGGGCAGCCUGCCUACCAUGUUGUUGUUGUAACUGAUCCCCAUUGUAACCCCCAAAAAGCAGCGUUCAACACAUCUGAACAUUCGCCCUUAAUCACAGCCAAGACUUUCAUUCAAAUCUCUGUAAUAUUACGCGGCACUGGGGCAUCUUUUUUCCAGGCGAGGCAGCUGCAAGUCGCAGGUGAGCUGAAUUCGGAUGAGAGGCCGGGUACAGCCUGGAGAGAUCACCAGUCUGUCACAGGGCUAACACAGAGAUGAACAACCAUUCACACUCACACCUAUGGGCAGUUUAGAUUAGGUCAGCUGACCUAAUCCUUAUAUCUUUGGACUGUGGGAGGAAACUGGAGUACCCAGAGGAAACCCAUGUGGACAUGGAGAAAACAUGUAAACUCUACACAGAAAGGCGCCGGUCAGCUGUGAGGUUCGAACCCAGAACUUGCUUGUUGUGAGGCAAUGGUACUAACCACUGCACCACCGUACUGCCAAAGUUUUUAUUUAACUACAGGUGUGAAGAUCUGUUGGGAAUAUGAGCCAAGCGCCAGAGACGCCAGUUGAUCCUCCUGCUGUAGUGACAGAAGCACCUCCUGUUCAAACUGAAAGCAAGCUGCCAACAGGGGGAAAGAAACAAAAUAAAAAGAAAGUGGAAGAGGUGGUAGAGGAAGAGGAAGAGGAGUACGUUGUGGAGAAAGUCCUGGAUCGACGUAUCGUGAAGGGAAGAACAGAGUAUCUCCUCAAGUGGAAAGGCUUUUCAGAUGAAGAUAACACAUGGGAGCCUGAAGAAAAUUUAGAUUGCCCAGAUCUUAUCGCAGAAUAUUUGCAGUCCCAGAGAAGCGCGAAUGAAUCAGGUGGCAAGCGGCGGGCUGACGGAGAUGGUGAUGGAAAGGAGAGCCAGCCUAAAAAACGCAAGGAUGAGCCAGAGAAACUCAGAGGCUUUGCUCGUGGGUUGGAUCCUGAGAGGAUCAUUGGUGCUACAGAUUCAAGCGGAGAACUUAUGUUCCUAAUGAAAUGGAAGAACUCUGAUGAGGCAGAUCUUGUUCCAGCCAAGGAGGCGAAUGUAAAGUGUCCACAAGUUGUCAUUUCUUUCUAUGAAGAGCGCCUCACCUGGCAUUCUUACCCCACUGAUGAAGAGGAGAAGAAGGAUGAGAAGAACUAGGCAAAUCAUUGGGAAUAGUUACAGUUUUCAUUAUCUGAAGUAAAAGGCAGCAAAAGGUUAUGAUUUUAUGAAAACACCACUGAAACCCGCAGCACCUCAGGCAAUUAAACAGUUCCUGUAAUUUACAUAGGCUCUGGUAUAUUUCAGUCAUGGCACUGCUACUGUAGUUAAAUGUAUUCAGUAGACUACUAAUUUUUCUGUCUGUGGUUUUUUUUUUUUUUUGGAUCAUGGAGAGGGAUAACAUCCUGGCACCUUCUUUACCCACAUUGUGCUCCAGAGCCUGUGUAGAUUACAGUGCUGGCCAUUUCGUACCAGUCUCCAAAAGGCUUCCUUUAAUAUUAUUCCUGUACAUUUGACUGAUUUAAAGCAUAUUGCUGCCUUAACUGAGAUUAUUAAAAAAAUUACAUUUUAUACAUUUUCCAAAAAGCAAGCCAACUGAAUGAUUCUUGAAAUGCCCUUGAAGAAGUACAUGUACAGUGGUUUGAUAAUUGACCAAGAGUCCCAUGUAAUAGUACUGAAACGUCUUUAUUGAAAUUCACUCUUACCAGCAAACGCAAAUCACUGUUCCGGUUCUUACUGUAGGUGCUACUGUUGAAUAAACCCAUCUUUUUUUUCCAAGACCAUUGUACAAAUAUACUCCUUAUUAAAUGUUUGGGGAUAUCUUGGCUUUUUAAAGAACCCUUAAACAUACCAAAAAGCUGUCUGGGAGAUCUUUGCAGAGAAAGUACAAAGUUUAAUGAAAUCCUUUUUUUUUUAAAUGAAAGUUUAACACUAAGGAAAUCUUUUUUUAAAUGAACAUUACGGCUUAACUGAUUUUAAAUGCUAGGGAGAAAACCGUACGAGUUACAUGUGAUAUUGUCCUCAAAAGUAAUCUAGUCCUUAAUUGCAAACUGUUGAGUCAUGUUAAUUUUUUUUUUUUGAAAAGCUAGAUGUCCCUAAACUAUUAAGUGUAUAUUUGCACAGUGAGUUUCAUGACCUUUUAUAUUCAUGGUUUAUUACCAUAUUGUAAAUCAAGUGUAGUGUCCAUGUUCAU